UUUUUUUUCCUCCUGCGACGUUCCAUUGAGAAUAAUAUGGACCUUCCAGGACUACAUCAUGAGCCAGCACUGUAGUCAGCCAGUACUUCCAGCAGCAGACGAGUGACCAGACAUUGGUUAGGGACUUCUGAAACUGUUGGUCAUGAGGACAGAUAGUGAGAGUAUGCUUCAGCUUGCAGCGGAGGCUUUCCAGUCGAAAAACUUCGACCUAGCUGCAGAUAUCUACGAGUGCCAACUAGCGGGUCUGAGAGAUUCAGGAAGCCGGCGGCAGGAGCUGAUGGUCAAGCGGGCUGACGCGCUCUCUUUCGGGGGCAAAUUCUCCGAAGCUCUAGAUAUGUACCGACAAGCCUCGGAGACAGACAGACUUGGACCGGUUCACCUGAGCAACCUCAUAGACUACCUGGCGAGUAAUAUCAGAAGGCAAGCCGGGGGGCACAGGAUUCCGAGCAGGGCAGGUGAGGCAGGGGCGGAGGCGGGAUGCCCGGGAGUCGGUGCUACAGGUUUCGAACAGUUCUCCUGCCGGAUAUGUCUGAGCUUUCUGUUCGAACCGGUGACUCUGCCGUGCGGACACUGCUUCUGCAAGAAGUGUCUGGAGAGGGAGAGGGAGAGGAAGGAGAAGGAGCGGCCGGGGGUCUGCAGAGAGUGCCGGGCCAGCACCGGGGAAGAGGAGGUCCAGAGUUACCGGGUCAACGUGGUGCUUAGCAACCUGCUGGCCAAGUGGUUCCCGACCCCACACCAGGCCGGCCGGCUGCGGCGGGAGGGCAACGCUCUGUACGUCGAGAGGAGGCUGGAGGCAGCGCUGGAGAAAUACAACCAAGCCAUAAUGAUAGCACCCAUGGACCACAUACUGUUCAGUAACCGCUCCCAGAUUCACUCCAGUCUGAGACACCAUGAAAAGGCUCUGAGAGAUGCAGAGAUGACCUGCAGACUCAGGCCUCACUGGUCCAAGGGUCAUAUCCGUAAGGCGCAGGCUUUGGUGUCUCUGGGCAGGACGGAGGAGGCUCUGAGGGAGAACCUGCUAUGUCUGUCCAUAGAGCCCGACUGCAGACUGGCAAAGACCGAGGCUCACAAGCUCCUCAGUGAUCUCCUGGCUCCGGUUGCAGAUCAGGUCCCUGAACACAUCUCCGACUACAGCAACAUACUUUCUUUUAGAGCUCACAUCAAGAACAGCAUCACCACGCCCUCCCAGAUGUUCAGUCUCAGCCUCAUGUCUCUGGCACCUGAGAGAUCAGACGUUGGUGACGGCAAAGGUCAGAUGAAGCCUGAAGUCAGGAGUCCGGACCACAGUUUCCACCUUAAAAGAAAAUGGAGCAGCACAGAGGAGAAGGGAGGACAGGAGGGAAGAGAAGAUCACAAGAGAGCAAAAUCUGAGCCAGCGGAAGUUAAGAAUCUCGUGAGUUCUGGAGAUGUCUUGGACCCGACAGAUCUGGAGUGUUCUCUUUGUAUGAGACUUUUCUACGAGCCGGUGACGACGUCGUGCGGUCACACGUUCUGUCUUCGCUGUCUGGAGCGAUGUAUGGACCACAACCCAAAGUGUCCGCUCUGUAAAGAGGAGCUCUCAGAGUUCCUGGUCCAGAGGCAGUACUGUAAGACCGUGCUAAUUGAAAAGCUCAUCUUGUGGUAUUUCCCCUCAGAGCUCAAAGAGAGACAGAAAAUCCACCAGGACGAGAUGGCUGAGCUCUCCAAUCUGAACAAGAACGUGCCUAUAUUUGUGUGCACCAUGGCCUUCCCCACUGUGCCGUGCCCUCUCCAUAUCUUCGAGCCCUGCUACAGGCUGAUGAUCCGCCGCUGCAUCGAGGCGGGAACCAACUGCUUUGGCAUGUGUCUGGGAAACGACCUCAAAGGGUUUGCAGACUACGGGUGCUUGUUGGAGAUUCGGGAUGUGCAGUUCUUCUCCGACGGCCGCUCAGUUGUGGACACCAUCGGCAUGCGGAGGUUUAAAGUCAUCCAGCACCGCGAGAGGGACGGAUACAACACAGCUGAUAUAGAGUACCUGGAGGAUGUAAAGGUGGAGGGCGUGGCGGAGCGUGAGCUGCAGUCUCUCCACGACUCGGUGUACGACCAGGCCCUGGUGUGGGUCAACUCCCUGAAGAAGGAGCAGAGGGAACGCAUUGAAGGUCACUUUGGACCCAUGCCUCAGAAAGACUCUAAACUUCAGGACAGCCCUAACGGCCCCCUCUGGUGCUGGUGGCUGCUAGCAGUUCUUCCGUUGGAGGGCCGAGCCCAGCUGCCCUUCCUGGCCCUCACCUCUCUGAAGGAUCGCCUCAGUGGCAUCCGCAAGGUGCUCCUGUUCAUGGCCCACAGCAGGCUCCGGUGACAUGUUCCACACUCAGCGUUCACCAUGCCUCGAUAAUGCAGUAACCCCCCACCCCUGCAAACAAAACCCCCUCCGCACCGUCCUGCAGUGGACCUGCUGUUCUUCCUCUUUUUGGAUGCACAUAAAACUGUUGCACCUUCCUUGAUGUAGCGCCAUGGACUGAUCUUCACGUCAAAGAUUGUUGAUUGUUAUACUUCGAUAUCUUCCAAUCGUGACAGCUAUGUUCAGACAGGACGGGGAACAUCCAAAACGACUGAUUCAAAAACAAUCUUCAACCUCCAUUGUUACAUUUCUUGUCGCUGUUACAAUGCGCACAUAAUAUAGUGAUACGUUUUUGUCCGACAGACAACAAACUGUUGUGGUCAUAUGUGUUUGUUUCUCCAAUGUUGCCUUUUUGGCCUUCCUCCAUUUUGGAAGUCUUAUGCUCUUCCUCUUGCCUAAAUAUGGUUGAAAACAACAAACUUUUCAGAUUAUGAUUCCUCCUGUCUGAACAUAGUUUCAAAGCAAACUCCUGAGAAAAGACUUACACAUUCAUGCAUGGGGCUAAUGUACAUUCAAAUUCUGCAAGACACCAAGCAUGAAUUUGCCUUUUUGUGUAAAUAAACUCACUUCUGUUGCAUCAUAA